AUGACGAAAGAAGCAGAAGAGAAGAAGGAGCAGCAACAGCCGCAGCAGCCGGUUGACGUCCCGGGUCUUCUCCCGAGCUCCCAUUGGGCGUCGAUUCCCGUGGAAAAUGAAGAUGAUGACACAGACUCUCUGUGCAGCAGUAAAGCGAGCAGUACCACAUCUGUCAGGGACAGCAUCCUAGAAUAUCGCAGGCUUUACGGUCGGACUUAUCACCAUGAGAUCGGUGAUGCUGAGAGCUGGAUUCCCAACGACGACAAGCAUUUAGAUAGCAUGGAAAUUCUACAUUAUGCCAGCAUCCUCGCAUUGGGGAACAAGCUCUUCCUCGCGCCUCUGGAUAAGGACAGGAUCAGAAAGGUCCUCGACGUUGGUACCGGCUCGGGUCUUUGGGUUAUCGACUUCGCGGAUCAAUUCCCCAACGCCCAAGUCACCGGCACCGAUAUCACACCCAUCCAGCCGACCUGGGUCCCUCCAAAUGUUUCCUUCGAACUCGACGACGCAAACCAGGACUGGACCUGGAGCAGCAACACCUUCGACUUCAUCCGCACCCGGUACAUGAUUGGCUGCAUCAGCGAUUGGAAAAAGUUCUAUGAGAACGCGUUCCGCUGCCUCAAGCCCGGCGGCUACUUCGAGCACGAAGAGUCCUCCGGCAAGUGGUACAGCGACACUGGCGGCAUUCCCGAUGAGUCGCCCAUCGCCCAGGGUUUGAAAGCCUUCCGUGCUGCGGGCGACAAGACCGGCCGCACGUUCCAGGUUGUUGAGGAAGGGCUGCAAAAAAAGUAUAUGGAAGAGGUUGGCUUCGUCGAUAUCGUUGUCAAGGAUGUGCGUGUUCCUCUGGGCACUUGGCCUGAAGACCCGGAGCAGAAGCAGAUUGGUAUGCUUGUUUCCGAGGCUAUUCUUGGUGACCUCGAGGGCUAUCUGCUGUACAUGCUCGUCAACAUCCUGGGUUGGUCUGAGGACGGCGCCAGGGCGCUGGCUGCCCAUGCCCGCGCCCAGUUCCGCAAGCCCGGUGUCAACCCUUAUUGGAUCCGCCGUGUUGUCUACGGCAGGAAGCCUGAGUAA